AGGAGGCAGAAAAACUUAUCCAUCAUUCUGUAACCUGCCAGAAUAAAGUCAACUUGAAAACAAAGUUGCAAUUGCAGUUGUAUGGCAUCUUAAAACGCGACAUUAUUCCAGCGUCUGCGCUCCACAUGCAGUGGUACGAGUCGCCGCUGCUGGAGUAGCACUUCCGUUAGUGCACGCUACCGGCCGAUGGGCAGCGGUUGGUAAUAUUAGCUUGCGCACCACCGGGCUGCAGCAACGUGGGAGUUUCGAUUUGUUUUUUUUUUAAUUAUGACAGUCACUACCGGACAGAUAUCCAGCCGAUUAUCCUGGCUUUGAGCCGAUUGUAAGCACGUCGCUAAAAUUAGCCGCUGUUAUGUCUCAAUGCAUGUCAGGCUAAUGGCAGAGCGCACUAUUCAAAUAUUAUAACGGUUGACCUGUGGACCACCCCGAGCUAUUCCGCUGCGCUGGAGUAGGCAUUGCGCAGCUCCAGUGGCUCCGAUCACAACUACCAGGCCAGCUUGUUUACAUCCGUGCCAGUAUUGCCAAUAUACUGUACGAGCUGUGCACACUGGGAAAAUAUCAAAUUUGACAGUUUAUCCUGCCGUUACGGAUGAGAAGCUGGCCCGGGAUCAUCGUUGUUAACGUGGGCCAAUUAUCUGAUGCUGAAUGCCGAGACAAGUUGUGCGUCGCAGGACGUCAGUUAUGCAACGGUACGCCCAGUUCCUUGCUAACCAUCCGUUCGUUGUGUUGUCAGCGAUAUUUGCCGGCAAUAUUAUUGUUUUACUGGUGGUUAUUUGCACAGACAACAUCCCAUCGUUCGACGAUCCUCAAGCGGGAUUCGUUGCGCGCGGAACUGCGAUCGGUCAACGGAUGUUGGCUUUUGAGAAUCUGCUUUCUGAGCUGCUACUGGAGGACAAGACUUCAGAUAAUGUUAUUGGCAAUAGUCGUAUUCCGGCGGCUGUGCAUUCCCACAGCGGAGGUCAAGAGAUCAUCGCGGGAUAUCGCCGAAAUAAUACUAUUGAGAGCCACCCAGCGGUGACACCAGACGAUGAUGAUGAUGAUGGCCAAUUGGCCAGCCGGAACAGACGCAGCACCAUUACGUCUGAUAUGUCUCCAGUUGAUGCUGGGUUUUUUUGCUCAAAUCCAGAAAGGAAUCGCGCACGGCUGGUUAUUUGCACCACAUCUGGAGAUAAUCUAAUCAACGAAGGAAAAUUACGUGCAAUUUGCGAGCUGGAUAGGACUAUUCGCGGCUUGCCGGAAUUCCUUUCGCUGGCGGAGCGCGAUGCUAAUCAAAAGUAUUGUCCUAGUUGGACGCUGACGAACUAUCUGAUGGCCCUCACCAACCGGAAAUCAUGCCACCACUUAUCACACAACGACGUCAGCGAGUUGCGCAACAUGAGCGCGGUGUGUGUGCCCUUCUACCGCGCGGGUCAACUGCACCGGCAUUGCUGGGACGGUCACAACCUGUGUCCAGAUGUGCCGGACAUGUGCUGCCGCGAGAAUUGGUUCUAUCAUGUACUGCAUUACAUCACAGAUGACGACGCGCGUAUGAGCAAUUUUACCCGCUCCCAGUGUUCCUUGAUGCUGCUUCCGGUAUGGAGCGGGCAGGUGGCGUUGCCAUUGUACAAGGCCCUCCACCAGCACAAUCUGACAGUGGAAGGAGCGGGCGUGGUGGGCAUCGAAAUGGGCUUGAAGGAUUCCUACCUCGAUGUUCGAUUGUGGGAAGAUAGUGUGCUGAUGUUGUUGGCACUGGGAGCGGUUCUGAUUAUAUUGUGGAUUUACGUGGCUUCCCUGUUUGUGACGAUUAUGAAUGCUCUGGCUGUGUUCUUUCCGAUAUUGCUAUCCUAUUCGCUCUACAGUUUUAUAUUUCGGUUGACUUUCUUUCCGUUCAUGAACCUUCUAACGUGCGUUAUCAUGAUAGCAGUCGGAGCGGAUGCGCUGGUGAUUUAUGCAAGACUAUGGACACUGGCAAAAUCUGAGAAAAACGAUGGAAAAUUUGAGAAAGUGGUGUACGAAACGAUGCGGCAUGGAUUCCAAACCAUUAUGAUCAGCAGUCUGACUGCGGCCAGUGCGCUUUUCGCCGACGCUGCUAAUCCCAUCGUAGCGAUUCGGUGUUUCAGUAUUUUUUCUGGACUGACCGUUCUGGUCCACUAUAUUUUUGUUGUUACGUGGCUGCCGGCCACGGUCAUCGUUGCCGACAAAUGGGGCUCAAGCUUGUACAGUUGUCGUCAGGUUUUUCUGCAAAAAUUCUGUGAUAGUAAAGUGCCUUUAUGCCAGUGGCUGUUUCAUUGCCACUACAUUGUGCUACCUUUUCGUCAGUUCGCAGAAUAUUUUCGAAUAUUUUUCGAGAAACUAUUACCUUGCAUCAUUAUUCGGUUGAAAUGGAUUUGGAUUGCUCUGUUUGUUGUUAUGACGGCUGCUGCGUGCAUCAACGUAUUCUAUUUUCCACGGUUACAGUUGUCAACUAGCCGGUGGCUACAUUUGUGGGAUAAACGCCAUCCUUUCGAACAGUAUGGUAUGCUGAAGGAAAGGUUUGACUUCGAAAGGGAGAUCACGGAUAUCCAGCGCAGGUUGCCCAUAAGAUUUGUCUGGGGAGUCAUACCUGGCAACACAGCGGCCAUGCUGGAUCCGUAUGAUAAAGGACUCCUGGAAUAUGACCACGAAGUUGAUUUCCUUUCGGAAGAAAGCCAGUCAUGGAUGCUGCAAUUCUGUGAUGGUCUUAAACAGCAGCCAUUUGUGUCCCAGAAUACCGAUUCUUUUUGCUAUAUGGCGGCAUUCAAGCGAUGGCUGGAGAAUGUGGAAUGCUCCAUUGCUCCGAUUUGCUGCGGAAAUCUGUCAUUUCCGCUGAAUCCGCUCACGUUCCAUCAGUGUUCCCAGAUUUUCCACCGCACGUUUCUCCAUGACAGCACCGGGACCAAACUCUCCCAUGGACCAAAUUUCGAUUCUCAGGGACGUUUUCAGUCGCUGAUAGUCGCCACCGAAAGCGCACAAUCGUUCUCCUACAUCUAUCAGGAGAUAAAAACAUUUUACGACAGUGUCGACAGUUGGUUCCAGUCACAGUUAUCCUCCGCACCGGUCGGUCUUAAGAACGGAUGGUUUACCAGUGAACUGGAAUAUUUUGACCUUCAAGAUUCCUUAAUUAGCGGGACCACUAGCGCAUUGGUUAUCGCGUUUAUUGUUGCUCUCCUCGUGAUGUUUCUCACAACGUUAAAUGUCUGCGUCAGCAUUCUGGCCAUUGUGACCAUCGCAUGCAUUAUGGUGACCAGCGUAGCUGUGCUUGUUGUGAUGGAGUGGAAACUGAAUGUCCUAGAGUCGACUAUUAUCACGCUGGGGAUUGGUUUAUCUGUAGACUUUACGUUACACUAUUCCGUGGCUUACUGUUGCAGUGAAGCCGACGAACGCGAAUUAAAGACCAACCACCUUAUCACGGAGAUGGCCAGUCCGGUGACUGUGUCGGCUUUGACGACCUUUCUAGCCGGUGCCUUCAUGGCGCCUUCAGACAUACUCAUCUACCGACAGAUUGGCCUCUUUAUCAUGAUCGUUAUCAGUAUUAGCUGGGUGUAUUCCACUGUCUUCUUCUCAGCACUGUUGGCUGCCAUCGGACCCCAAGCGGACUUCCUGCAGCUGCACUAUCCGUCCUGCCCGCUCCUGUGCUGCCGUACGGAUCCCUCUAAACUGGUGGAGAAAUCCCUGCAGUCCUCCAUUGAAUUUACCACCCACAUGAUCUCGCCCCGCUCAGAGAACGAUCUGCCGCGGCGGGCCGUCCAUGUUCCACCGCUGCCGCAGCCGUUGUCGGUCGCCUCGGUCACAUCGGUGGCCGAGACGCCGGAACCGGCGCCCAAAGUCCUGUUGACCCUGCAUGUUGAUCCACAGGAGGCCGAGGAGGAUCUGGAUUCCGUCGGGGAGUUGGGCUCGCUGCCCACCUCGCGGGGACCAUCGCGUGGCGCAUCGUUAGUACGGAAGCACAGUCGUGGAUUGUUUUCCUGGGAUUAUGUCAUGCAGAAACUGCCGCUGACCCGGCACUUCUCCGUGACCAACAGUAGUGUCAUGUACAUUGAUGCCGAUGUGCGGAGUAAUGUCUCCGAUAAUAAUCCUGAUAUGCCCGCUGUGAUGCCCAACCUACGACCGGAUGUCCCGGAAGUCUGGGUUAGAAGGACUGAUUGAGUGUUUAAGUUAUUACUCCAAAUUUGACCAGUUGUUUUUUUACAUGAACAUACGGUGUUGUGGACCGGAUUGGCGUAUUGCGUUAUCACUACCUUUCGCAACUGUUUGUAUUAAUUAGGUCACAACUUUAACAUAAUAAUGGCUGUUUUAGUUGGUUUUGAUGAACACUUUUACUUUGUACAUUACAGUACAUACAACUAAAAUUAUUUCCAUUCUGUUGCGAAAUUUAGUUAGAUGAAAUACGGGAGUGUUGCGACCCUUUUUGUUUCUUUGAUAUGCUAAUAAAAUCAAAGCGUUGA